CGCAUCACUCACCACCCUGUUCAACGACGCAACGCGACUAUUAGAUGUGAGAAGCCGCUUCAAAUCUACGCGAUUCGGGAGUUGGGGUAAACUGAGCACGGGUUCCGUGGCGAAACUUUUUAAGGCCAAGACCGCCCUCGCAAGACCGCCCUUGAAGGACGACAGCGCACGUCGCAUUCAGAUGGACUCCCUCGAAACGUAGGGCCCGAUGCCAUGGAACAGAAUGGGACCAGCAAUGGGCAGGAUGCAAAGCGGCAGGCGUCGCCGCCUGCAUCUGGCGCAAGCAAGAGCCCUAAGAAGAGGCGCAAGGUGAAUCACGCUUGUGUGUAUUGUCGACGAUCUCAUAUGACAUGCGAUUUGGAACGCCCUUGUGCGCGCUGUAUAAAGCGCAAUAUCGGGCAUCUCUGCCAUGACGAACCCCGCGAACCGGACUCGGCCACGAAGAAGUCGAAGAGCCAGCAUAGCAAUUCUGCGGCGGAGGAUGGUGGAUCGCCACCAGAUCAGCUCCAGGGAGGCAUAGACAGUGGCAUGAACAGCGCCCUCGAUAAAUCACAGGAACGAUCGCAAGGCAAAGGUCUGGCUUUAGGCGCAACUACACUCUCUCAAGGCGACCCUUCACAACUCGUUCAGCCAUCCCCCGUAUCGGGAAUCCAGCCAAAUGCUCUCAGUAGCAACGGCAAUCAAUUCAUCGGAUAUUCGGACGACUGGGUUGGGUCCCAAAAUCAAUUUCAAGAUAUGCAUAACUACCAUCCCUCAUAUAUGUUCAAUGCGCCGGAAGUUACCAAUGAGUAUAACCUCCUAAACGAUUUCCUCAAUAACAGUUUGUUGGAUGAGGGUGCUCUACUUCCGGACGACUCUAACCUUUAUACUGAUUCAUCCAAUAAUAUGGUAUCUGGAGGACUCGCCAAUCCGUCUCUUGCUCCUGGAUCGCAACAAGGGGCUUCUUUGGCUCCGGGAAAUACUAUGGGGAAUGCAAUAUCUAGACCUGCAAGUGUCAUACCGACUGAUAAAACCCGCGAAUACUAUCUCCAAGCGGCAGACCCCACUGGCAAUGAUGCACCUGAAGAGAGAAUGCAGCGAUUACUCCGAGCGAAGUAUGACGCCGGGAUGUUAAAACCCUUCAACUACGUGAAGGGCUAUGCGCGCUUAUCUGCUUAUAUGGAUGGCCAUAUGCAAGCGGCUUCGAAACAAAAGAUACUUCGUCAACUUGACCGUUUUAGGCCAAAGUUUAGGGAGAAGGUUCAGGCAUUGACGGAUAUUGAACUUAUAUAUGUUGAGAUGUGGUUUGAACGCAGUCUUAUGGAAUAUGACCGAGUGUUUGCGAGCAUGGCGAUUCCUGCGUGCUGUUGGAGGCGGACCGGUGAGAUCUUCCGGGGCAACAAGGAGAUGGCUGAGCUCAUCCAUGUCCCCAUUGAGAAAUUAAGAGAUGGCAAGAUUGCGUUGCACGAAAUACUGGCUGAGGAAUCCCUUGUUAAUUAUUGGGAGAAAUUUGGCGCAAUUGCUUUCGACCAGAAUCAGAAAGCUCUCCUGACGAGCUGCUCUCUGAAGAAUCCGAAUGAUCAAUCCAAAGAUCCGACGAUUAGGUGUUGCUUCUCCUUUACAAUUCGGAGAGAUGAUCACAAGAUCCCGUCACUUAUCGUGGGCAACUUUUUACCACAGGACCCAGUACAACGCUGAAGUCUGUUUUACAACGCAUCUUGUAAUUACCUGAACAUAUGGGGUGAUCAAGUAUAUAGGCAGCGUCUUGAUGGAGUGUGGGAUUGGCGUUUGUGGGUUUGGAAUAUAUAUAUGU